AUGCAUUCCUGUAUACAGCGCAUGAUGCCGCGAUACGAUUUCACGGAAGCGGCAGCGGGGCUCCCGCGCUGGCUGCUCCUGCCUCACAGGGCAAGGCGCAGUGCAGGUAAGGCCCUUGGUGCGCGAACUAGCAAGUAUGCCUGCACUAGGAGAAGCCUGGAGAGCGUUUUUGAUAGUGCGCACGCUCCUGACGCUGCAAUGGGCGACGCUGGUGGCGACAGCGCCACCAGCGCUAGUAACUGCUACGCUUCGGCGCCAGGAAUGCGCCGCGUUCGCGCCAGCUGUUUCGUGCUGGACAAGAUCGACACGCUACGGCCUCGAAGUGCUGUGGCUAUUGCCGCACUGCUUUGCCCUAUGAGAAUGUUUGCCGGGGCGGUUUCAAGGAAUGCAGGACGUAUCGCGGGCGGGAAUGGCUGUACGCCCGCCAGAGGUUUGGAGUCUGCAGCCUUCGAAGGCUUGCCCCAGGAAGGGUCGAAUGCGGCGCACGACGUUUCUCUUGACGGGCACACCUGCUCCUCCCAGAUCAGUGGUAGAAAUGCGAAUGGGCGUGCUAGACUCGAGCGUGUUGGUCGAACGCCGCGCGGUGGCAUCCUGGAUUUGUUGCGAUCUGAGACAGUUCGUCUACAUGACUGGAAAGCAUGGACUCUGCCUUGCAAGCAGCGACAAUAUGGACCGCGCCCGUUGUCGAGACUAGCCCGAGCGAUGACUUCACAUGGCGGGUCAUCGCAACCGGAAAUUCGAACAGGUGCUGUUGAGGCGAACACCUGCUGGAGCUGCAACGCACCUCGCACGUUACCUGGUGAAUCCGAUCCAGCAUCUGUUCCCAUGAAAGCGUUUUUUUGUGAGCAUUGCGGUCGGAUCCAACCGAAACCACCAGUUGAUGUGGAUUUCUUUACUCUAUUCGGUCUUCCGAGACGCUUUUUUCUCGACGAACAGCUUCUAGAGUCCCGUUUCCGUGAAUGGCAGCGGCGCUUGCAUCCCGACAGAUUCAACGCGGAGCUUCGCAGGCAACAGGGAUUUCAUUCGAGCGCCGCCGACCCUCAGGCACACUAUGCUGAACAGGCGUCGGCGCUCGUGAACGCCGCACACGACACGCUCAAGUCGCCACCGGCGCGCGCGCUGUACUUGCUCGCAGAGCACGGAAUAAACUUUGAGUCUGAUAGCGAGGACGCUUCCGAUCAACGGGACAUGGAUCCGGAAUUCCUGGAGGAGAUGCUUGCCCUUCGUGAAGAGCUUGACAGGGCCGAGCAGGGGCACUACGAUUUCGAAGCGCUUCGUGCACGUAUUGAGGGUUCGCAAACUCGACUCUGUCAGGAGCUGGAUGAAGCUUUUGCCAGUAGUGCGCGGAACGAGGAGGGUGCGCUCCGGCGUUGCCGGGACCUUACGGCUCGCCUGCAAUUUUAUCAUCGUAUAGCGAGGGCAUUGCAGGAACGUCUGUGA